AUGAGCAUCCCCGUUAUUGAUGAUGGAGAUUUAUACAUGGAUCUUUCCCCAUGCACAUGUUCUCGUUAUCAGUGUCGCUCGCACCGCACCAAACAGUCGAACCAUGCCCAACCAAGUGGCCAACUUGAGGCUCACGAUUCUGAUCGCGCUCCCCUGAUGGAAACCUUAGAUUUCUUUGAUGUGCGCUACAGCGAGGAUUCAGGUUCUUUUCCGGCUCCGCUUUCCGGAAAUAACAGUGACUGGCAAUCGAUGAUACCCCAAUGUACGGCACCUGCGGAUCCCCGGCAUCCACCCAUGGGGUCCGCUGCCAAUAACGGUCUAUUCUUAGACCCAUCAUUCGAGGCUCUUGAUGUUGACCUGAAUGUCGAUCUCAGUUCUGAUUUAUAUCAGAAUUCAUUCGUUGGAACCCAGCCCCUCCAGUCUAGUACAGGGUGUGGGAUAAAUAGCAGUUCUGAUUUUUGCAUGGACUAUGCCCUUGGUUCUGACAAUUCUGAUGAACCGACGUUGGAUUGUUCGGCGCUUCCUAAUUAUUUCCCAAACGACAACCAUAACCACGCCUUCCCGUCUCUCUCUACUCCACCUAUCUGCUCCGAGAGCUCACUACCACCUAUAACUACGGCAUCUUCUUGCCUCGAUCAACAUCGCCCUCCUUGCAUUAUCACUGCGACUCAAAGCCUCCGUUUACUCCACAUCCGCCAAACCAGUUGCCUGUCUCGAAGCCAGGAUGACAGUGGUCCUGAGCCACCACGCAUGUCGGGCUCCGUCCUCAAACACAACAAGGAUGCCGGCAUGUCGGUUUGCCGCAUGCUACAAUGCGGAUGCGCCCUUCGUCCCCAAAAUCAGCUCAUGUUAGCAGUAAUCUGCUCUCGACUAGCGGUGUGGUAUCGAGCGAUGAUCCGCGCAUGCUUUUCCCGACGUCCUAGCAACUGCUCCAGUGGCGAGGACUGUUUCAAUGACGAAACAACCUCUCCAGAGAAAGUGGUAUAUCAGGCUGUCACUAUUGGAGAUCAUACCGUCGACAACCUUGCUUUAGGAUGGAAUAUCCAGGCCCAAGUGAUACUCAGAGAGCUCGAACACCUGCAGCGUCUGGUCGAUACCCUUUCGGCCCGUAUCCGGCAGACUGGUACCUCACGCCAAAUGGGGUUAAAUGCCGAUGCAGACGCCCCAUCUGCUAAGCUGCCAGGGAUCGCACAUGACCGGCUGGUGGCGCAUCUGUCGAAGGGGGUUCAAGCGGCUAAAAAUGAUUUGAUUACGGCUUGGCGAGAGCAUUAG